ACAAUUACAUUUCACCCCACAGACUAAGCAUCUUGAAGGGACGCCUGACGACACCUGUGCUGGCUACCAGGUGGAUGGGGCAUCGUCCACUCUGGGCAACAGAUCUGUGGCCCCCACUGAUGAGAUGAGAGGGGGCCCAGCGUCCAGUCCCCACCUCAGUCCUCCUGGCUCCUGGGAGCAGGGGACCUCUGACCUCUGCCCUGGGAUGUGUGAGCAGGGCUGCCCCAGCCUGGGCCUUCCUCAUUUGCACUUGCCUUCCUUGGCACAGGGCCUGCGCCCAUGCCCUCCCCAGCCAUGAUGUCCACUUCUCCACUGCAGGUUGGCUCCAAGGGGCCUGGCGCCAAGGAUGGAAGCGUCCCCCGAGUGUGCACAGCAGGAUGGGGGGCUGGUGCUGGUCCGCCGGCAGCCCCCAGCCCCCCAGAGCCUGUGCAAGACGCUGAAGAGCCGGCUGCAGAAAAGCUGCACGUGCCACAGGCGGCAGGCCUGGGUGCUAGUGCAGGAUCUGGUGCCUGCAACGCGCUGGCUGCCCCAGUACCGCCUGUGGGAGGACCUGCCAGGCGACGUCAUGUCCGGGCUGGUCAUCGGCAUCAUCCUGGUGCCGCAGGCCAUUGCCUACUCGCUGCUGGCUGGGCUGCAACCCCUCUACAGCCUCUACACGUCCUUCUUCGCCAACCUCAUCUACUUCCUCCUGGGCACCUCCCGCCACGUGUCCGUGGGCAUCUUCAGCCUGCUCUGCCUCAUGGUGGGCCAGGUGGUGGACCGCGAGCUCCAGCUGGCUGGCUUAGACACCGCCCAGGACGGGCCAGGGCUGGGAGCCAACGACAGCGCACUCAACGCCUCAGCCACCUGGCUAGCGCUUGGGCCUCAGGACUGUGGGAGGGACUGCUACGCCAUCCGCGUGGCCACCGCCCUCACGCUGGUGGCUGGGAUUUACCAGGUCCUCAUGGGCGUCCUCCGGCUGGGCUUCAUGUCCACCUACCUCUCACCACCACUGCUCGACGGCUUUGCCAUGGGGGCCUCAGUGACCAUCCUGACCUCGCAGCUGAAGCACCUGCUGGGCGUGCGGGUCCCGCGGCACCAAGGGCCUGGGAUGGUGCUGAGCACGUGGCUGAGUCUGCUGCGCAGCGCCAGCCAGGCCAACGUGUGCGACGUAGUCACCAGUGCCGUGUGCCUGGCCGUGCUGCUGGCUGCCAAGGAGCUCUCGGACCGCUACCGGCACCACCUGAAGGUGCCGCUGCCCGUGGAGCUAGUGGUCAUUGUGGUGGCCACGCUGGUGUCCCACUUCGGGCAGUUCCACGAGCGGUUCGGCUCCAGCGUGGCCGGCCACAUCCCCACUGGCUUCCUGGCCCCGCGGGUGCCCGACCCUGAGCUGAUGUGGCGCGUGGCGCGGGACGCUGUGUCUCUGGCCCUCGUGGGCUCUGCUUUCUCCAUCUCACUGGCGGAGAUGUUUGCCCGGAGCCAUAGCUACUCUGUCCGUGCCAACCAGGAGCUCCUGGCCACCGGCUGCUGCAACCUGGUGCCUGCCUUCUUCCACUGCUUCGCUACCAGUGCCACCCUGACCAAGAGCCUGGUGAAGACGGCCACAGGCUGCCGCACGCAGGUGUCCAGCCUGGUCAGCGCCGCCGUGGUGCUGCUGGUGUUGCUGGCGCUGGCGCCGCUCUUCCGGGACCUGCAGAGGUGUGUGCUGGCCUGCGUCAUCGUCGUCAGCCUGCGUGGGGCCCUGCGCAAGGUGGGCGACCUCCCGCAGCUGUGGCGGCUCAGCCAAGCCGAUGCACUGGUCUGGGUGGCCACUGCAGCCACCUGUGUGCUGGUCAGCGUCGAGGCUGGGCUGCUGGCCGGUGUGCUCCUCUCGCUGCUUAGCCUGGUGGGCCGCACGCAGCGCCCGCACGCCGUCCUGCUUGCCCGCAUCGGCGGCUCCGCCUUCUACGAGGACGCCAUGGAGUUCGAGGGCCUCCUCCCUGAGCCAGGGGUGCAGGUCUUCCGUUUCGCGGGCCCACUCUACUAUGCCAACAAAGACUUCUUCCUGCGGUCGCUCUACAGCCUCACGGGACUGGAUGCGGGGCACGCAGCUGCCAGGAGGCGGGGGCUGGAGGCGGGAGCCCACAAGGGGGAUGGUGGCAGCAAGGACCUGGGCCCAGCGGGCACCACGUCCGCACUGGUCCUCUCGGCGGCCAGCUUCCACACAGUGGUCAUUGACUGCGCCCCGCUGCUAUUCCUGGAUGUGGCCGGCCUGGCCGCGCUGCAGGGCCUGCGCCAAGACUACGAGACCCUGGGCAUUGCCCUGUUGCUCGCCUGCUGCAGCCCGUCGGUGAGAGACACGCUGAGACGAGGGGGCUUCCUGGGCGAGGAAGAGGGGGACACGGCCGAGGAGGAGCAGUUAUUCCACAGCGUGCACAGCGCCGUGCAGGCGGCCCGAGCCCGCCACAGGGAGCUGGAGGCUGCCGACUCCUCGCUCUAG